AUGAAUAAGCACGUGCGUUGGUCUCGAUUCGCCGAUGAGAUUUCAUUCGCGAUAUCAAAGAACACUCCACGCAGGGCAGUUUCAACGGACGACGACGACGAGUACUUCUCUGACGAAGACCGAAAUUUAGCCCAACCGCCACGCUCCACCCACUACGCUGAUCGACAGAACUCACAAGUGGCCCAAAAGUCUUCGAAGCGCUACUCCUUGAAGUCAGAUUUGCACACCUCUGAAGAUGGCAUGAAGCCAAACGACAAUGCCUUUGACAAGGUUUGUCGAGACGAGAAUGGGACUAAAAAUCUGUACCGAUAUCGGCUGCCAGAAAGGAGACGCGCUCGCCCUGAUCGCGUCCAUUCUCGAGAGAAGCAAAGCCUGGUGGCUCGAUGCUCCACGUCGCCUUCUCUUAAGCACAGGUCUCCUGAACCACCAGACCCUUCGUGGACUGCCAGCAGACGCCAGUCAAAUUCUCGAGAUCGCCUGCUUCUCCCACCAAGAGACUACGCUGGAGCAGAAGAAAGGUGGCAACACGGACGUCGGGCGACGUCGCCAAAACCACGUGUCCCAAGGUCGGAUUUCGAAAUGCCACCACAACAGAAGGAGGCUCUUGGUAGAGAGAACAGACGAAGGUCGCUGGAGCAGUGCCCACCUCAGCGCAAGGCCCCUGCGAAGACGAAGAAGACACGACGUGUGCGGAUUCGUUACACGAACAGGUCACGUGAUCACAGCGAACUACCACUUGAGAGGCCUGAAGCGUCGGGAAGGAGUCAAACGAAGUGGCGAUUUCGAGAAAGUCCCAUCACCACGCCACCCAUGGAGCAGCCACGCCAGUCGAAGCAGAAGCCUUCGAAACAGGCUCAUUCUAGUCCAGACGAGGAUCAAAGAAGGAGAAGACAAUCAUUUCAGGGUGAAUUUUACCCACGUUUGAAUCGUUCGUCGGUUGCAAAGCGCGAUAACGACUUUCGUCGCCAGCGAUCGCCAGAGAGCACGGUGGAUAGCACCUCCACCGACGACGAUACGCUGGACCUAGUGAUGAAUUCGCCGCGGCAGGAAUACCUGGUGAAUAAGGAGGAUUGUCCCUCAAGACCUGGUGUGAACUGUAGUGGACCUUCAACGGAAGCGUCCAUCCUUGCAGGAGCCAACUCACUCGGUGGCGAUGUGGACGGCAUUGUGUCAACUCAGGUCGUGUUGAGUGCAAUGCAUCGCGAUCCCGCGGCACUGACUGUGAACGCGACAACCGCAGGCUGA